CUUGGACUCUCUCUUCGCUUCUGACUCCAUCUGGGAUGACAAAGACGAUGACCUAUUGUGCCAAGCAUGUGAUAACCUGGAAAGCCAGGUACAGAGCAUGGAGGACCCUGUUAUCACACACUCCCAUUCCCUGCCCAGUAAUCAGACAGAAAGCCAGAAGUUUGUCCCUGUCUCUGCACCUUUGAAUAGCAGCAGAUACAAUGUAAAUCAAACGACCGAGACCACACAAUUCAAAUAUCCCAACAUUUCAGUUUAUUCACAAUCGGCCCCUGGGAACGGUAACACUUUCACCCACUCUCCCCAUAACAACAAAGUACCUGUUACUGUGGUCUCUGGUUCUAACAGACCGAGUUACAAUGCUUCAGCUGGAAAUGCUAUCGCUAACUCCACGUAUAGGCAACAGAACCCUGCAGCAGGAGAAGGGCCAUACAAAAGUACUCGGGUCAAAAGCACUUGUGUAGCUGGGAGCACAGCUAAUCAACAAGGCACUGGGAGUGGAGCGCGGCCGUCGUCAUUCCCGUCACCUGUAAAUGUGACUGAAACCUCCACUCAGUUCACCUUUAAGAGACAGUCUGGCUGCGCGUCCAACCCUGUCAUCACUGUGACCAACAAAGCUUUCGCUUCGACCGCAGCAGCUGGGAAAUGUUCUGUGGUGGAGAUUGAACUGAAGAAACAGCAGGCCAUGGAGAGGAGACGGCAACGGAUGCAGACUGCCCACAACCUAAGGACUCCAACCUGA